AUGCCAGACUCGGUUUCGCUGAAGGUGGAAACCAAUGUACCCGCCGCGAUGCGCGACGGCACGACGCUCUAUGCCGACGUAUACCGGCCCGACGGCCCCGGCCCGUACCCUACAAUCCUGCAGCGCACGCCCUACGACAAGUCGGCGGCGCUGGCAUCGCAGAUGCUGGACCCCAUGAAGGCAGCCAAGGCCGGGUUUGCCCUCGUCAUCCAGGACACCCGCGGGCGCUUCACCUCCGGUGGGGAGUUUUACUGCUUCGCUGAUGACAUAGAGGACGGCUACGACACCGUAGAGUGGGUCGCGUCGCUGCCGUGGUCCAGCGGCAAGGUCGGCAUGAUCGGUGCCUCCUACGUUGGGGCGACCCAGUGGCUGUGCGCCACCACUCGCCCACCCCACCUGACGGCCAUCGCGCCGAACGUCACCGCCUCCAACUACCACGACGGCUGGACCUACCAAGGCGGCGCCUUCGAACUGGGAUUCAAUGCUUCGUGGACGCUCCUGCAGCUCACCCUGGCCAACUUCAAGACCCAGUCUGGCGUGAAGAGCAUCCCGCAGGCGCGGCAGGCGGAGCUGGUCAAGUCCAUCGACGGCAUGACGGACGCCUUCCGUCACCUGCCACUGAAGGACCUCCCGCAACUCAACGGCGGGCUGGCCGACUACUACUUCGACUGGCUGGAACAUCCCUCCUACGAUGACUAUUGGAAGAGGCUGUGCAUCGAGGACCAGCACUCCAACAUCUCCACACCCGCGCUGAACAUCGGCGGCUGGUACGACAUCUUCCUCCGCGGCACCAUCCGCAACUAUCUCGGUAUGAAAAAGAACGCAGCCACCGAAGAAGCCCGGCGGGGCCAGAAACUGAUCAUCGGUCCCUGGCAGCACAGUUCCCGGGGCACCAGCCUGGUGGGCAGCCACUACUUCGGCGUGGCUGCGGACGCCAUGGCCCUGGGGCUCGACGAGAUGCACCUGCGCUGGUUCAACCACUGGCUGAAGGGCGAAGACACCGGGAUACUGGACGAGCCGCCGGUCAAGAUAUUCGUAAUGGGCAACGACGUGUGGCGCGACGAGCAGGAAUGGCCGCUGGCCCGCGCUCAGGCCACCAACUACUACCUGCACAGCGGCGGGAACGCCAACAGCCUGCACGGCGACGGGAACCUCAGCCCCGACGCGCCAUCGGACGAGGCUCCCGACGUGUUCCUGUACAACCCGGCCAACCCGGUCCCGACGCGGGGCGGCCAGCUUUGCUGCAACCCGUAUUUCGCCGCCAACGGUGCCUUCGACCAGAACGAGAUCGAGGCGCGCCCGGAUGUGCUGGUCUAUUCCACGCCAGUGCUGGCGCGGGACGUUGAGGUCACCGGGCCGAUCACGGUAACGCUGUGGGCUGCCUCGUCGGGCACCGACACCGACUUCACCGCCAAGCUGGUGGACGUUUGCGAGGACGGCUGCGCCCGCAACCUGACCGACGGUAUCAUCCGCGCCCGGUACCGGGAGUCGAUGUCCAGCAACGUGUUCAAGGCGGGGCACCAGAUCAGGCUGGAGGUGUCCAGCAGCAACUUCCCCCGCUUCGACCGCAAUACCAACACAGGUGGAGUCAUCGCCGCCGACACCGAGCUGAAGCCCGCCAUGCAGACCAUCCUGCACGACUCGGCUCACCCGUCUCACGUGACCCUGCCCAUCGUUCCUCGGUAG